CAGCAUCGAAAACUCGUGAGCUUGAACCUUCACCACCGACUACGGUCAUUUCUCUGGCACCCGCUCAACCUUACCCAGGAACACAACUAACCUUUGCUGCUCCAGCUUAUGAUCUUGAACCAAAUACGGCUUACACUGUCCAGACUCUCUGUUAAUCUUUGCACUUUAAUCGCGAGAGAAAAAAAAAUCUCACUGAUUAUCUUUUCUUUCUUGCGGUGAUUUAAUUGAUUUCUUGAGGUAAAUCAUCGGUUAAUCAAAAAGGUUAAUUUGAUUAAUUGUUAAAUUGCAGAGCAAGGUAUUGGCUAGUGAUGGUUAGAUUGUGGUUCUUAGGUGUAAAUAUCAAAUGUGCACAAUUUAAAUUGUAAAUUGGUUGUUAUUCACUGAUGAUGGUGAUGAUGGUCAACUAUUAAUAUUAAUUAGCCAAAAUUAAAAUUCUUAAUCUUGAUAAAGUUUAUAUGUUUCUUGUUGUAAAUCAAAUGUUAAUUGUUCAUUUAAUUUUCUAUUCUUGUUUCCAUGAAUUCAACUGAUUUAAUUGUAAAUCAUCUGUUCAUCAAAAAUUUUGUGUGUUUUUGUUUUUCCUUUGUGGUGAUUAUUAAAUAACAAUUAAUUUAUAUAUAUACAAACAAUUUAAAUCAUGACACAAACUGGAUCAACAAUUACAUUGGAUUUUAACCAAUUUAAAUCGUUGGAUUAUUGUGAUAAAUCAUUGGAUUUUUAUCAACUACUUGCUGCUGAUGAAUUUACUGAUUGUAACAACAACAACAACAACACCAACACCAACAAUGUAAAUGAAAUCAACAACAACAACAACAACAUCAACAAUGAUGAUGAUGAUGAUAAUCAACAAACCACAACAACAACACUAAAACCGAUGAUUCCUGUCCAAUGUUCAUCAUCAUCAUCGCCAUUAACAUCAUCAUGUUCACCACCAACACUUACAACUUUAUCAACACUAUUAUCAACCUGUGAUGCUUCAUCUUCAUCUUCAACCCAAUGCCAACCAACACCAUCAACACAACCCCAACCCCAACCACCUUCACCUUCAUACCACUCACUUGAACCACCUCAGGUCAAUUCAGAUGUAGCAUCUCAAUAUGCCACAGUGGCCCAAGGAGCAACAGGUCGCCUAAGUAACAAUGGCACCGUUUACCUGACAACUGAUUAUAUAACUUAUAGUGACUAUUACACUGCUACUGGUGUAACUGGAUCAGGAUCAGUAACAAAUCAUGAUCAGGCCAUUUUACCUGUUUCCGCUACAACGGUAGACCAUUCAACAACAAUAACCGUUACCUCACCUAAUCUAACGUCACCAGUCUCUGGAACCGGAGAGUCCAAUUCAAACUCAUCGACACCAUCGACUGUAGGAGGUGGAGGAAGCAAAACUUCCGGCGGAAAACGAUCAUGGAAUGAGUAUAACCGAAAUUCUGAAGUAGAUAAAGUGCAAAUACCAAAAAUAUUCUCGGAAGUCGGUUAUAAAUAUUAUCUAGAGUCACCAAUAUCGACAAGCCAAAGAAGAGAAGAUGAUAGGAUCACUUAUAUCAAUAAAGGUCAAUUUUAUGGGAUCACAUUAGAAUAUAUUCCUGAUCCUGCUACUCCCUUAAAAAGUGCCACAGUUAAGUCUCUGGUGUUAUUGGUGUUCAGGGAGGAGAAAUUACAUGAAGAUGAGAUUAAAUCAUGGCAAUUUUGGCAUAGUCGUCAACACUCAGUUAAACAGCGAAUCCUUGAUGCAGAUACUAAGAACUCGUCCGGUAUCAUUGGGCCGAUUGAGGAGGUGACACAUAACUCAAUUGCUUUUUAUUGGAAUCCUCUAGAAGGACCUGCUAAGAUCAACGUUGCUGUGCAAUGUUUGAGCACUGAUUUCAGCAAUCAGAAGGGGGUCAAGGGAUUACCUUUACACCUUCAGAUUGACACUUUUGAUGAUUUCCGCGAGGGAAGUCCACCAAUUCAUCGGGGCUACUGUCAAAUUAAAGUCUUCUGUGAUAAAGGCGCAGAAAGAAAACUCGAGAUGAAGAGAAGAGCUGCCAAACGUAAACUCACCGCCACUGGAAAUGGACGUAAAAAGAUCGAGGAAAUGUAUCAUCCAUCAUGUGAUAGAUCAGAAUUUUAUACAAUGUCCGAUCGAACCAAACCUCCGGUUCUAUUUACACCAAGUGAAGAACUUGAUAAGGUAAUUGUGAUCAAUUAUCAUGAUAAAUCAAGCAAAAUAACUCCAGGCGAUAUGAGCUUCUACUCAAGCCAACACUCAACCGGAGAUUUAAACACCACAGGAUAUGAUUCACCAACCCAUUUACCCAUUAUAACUCCACCAGGAUCCUCUGGAACAGCCUCACCAGGAAUUAUUGAUAAAAGAAAACGAAGUGCCGAUCCUAUUUCUGCUAAUUUGGAGAUGGUUGUGACUCAACCACCUCCACCUAAAAGAGACAAAGUUUACCCUCCAGAUCGAUUAGUGUUGUUAUAUGCUAGACAAGAGAAUGAAGAAAUCUUCCAUGUACUUCAUAUCGUCCCUCCUACAUUGGUCGGUUUAGCCUUAUCUAUACAAAAAAAGUACAAAUUGGAAGCUAAAAACAUAAGGCAUUUCUAUAAAAGAUGUUUAAAAGGAAUCACAAUACUUAUGGACGAUGAAUAUGUGAAAUUAUAUUGUAAUGAAGACACCGUGUUGUUGCAAGUUCAUCAGGUCGAUGAACAAACUCACGAUAUCACCUUAGUGGAAUAUGAUUGUUCAACCAAUGCCUAAUUCAAUUCUAAUUAUUUUCGAUAACGAUAAUUAUAAUAUAAUACUAUUAUUAUUAUUACAUUAUACACACAAACUCCAACAAUAAUCAACCUUAAUCACUAUCCUUUCCUCAACAACCACACACAAACACACACACAAUCAACGAAAUCCUCCUCUUUUCUACUUACUCCAUUGACAAUUAGCCGACAAUCAAUAAUUAUUGGAAAAUUAAACGCGAAAACAAAUCACAUGGAAAUCUCAAAAUGAACAAAAAAUAAUCAAAGGGCCGGAAGAGCAAACAUAAAAUAUGAGGAAAAAAAACUCGAACUAUGGAAACGAAAACACUUUAGUUGAACUUAUAUAUAUUAACCUAAAGGGCUUUUGUGACUUUUGAAUAUACACUUUUUUUGUCGUAAAUCUCACCACAAAUCACCAGUUAAUUAACCAACUACACCAAUUACUCAAUCAAUGAUUUGACCAUAACUUUUUUUUUGUAAAGAUAAAAUGAUUAAAAAAAGCAAGCGAAAGAUGAAUUAAUACUGAAGCGUUUAUAAGAUGAAAAAAACGAGAAGUGACAAAAUCAUCAAGACGAAUUUUUCCCCUUAUGCUUAAUGUUAAUCUAUCUUUAGGUGCUGGGAAUCAAGUGCAUCAUCAUUCAUCAUCAUUCAUCACUCUCAUCAUCUCUCUCUCUCUCUCUCAUUGUCAUCCUCAUCUCAACUAAACCACCACCACCUCCACAAAUACACAUACACACUUAUUGAACCACUACAACGACACAACAAUCAACUAAUCAUCAAAUUCCAAUUGUCCAAUAUUCUUACCUGCCUUUCUUUUCCUUUCGCCUUAAUUGUCUCCAUUUAUAAUUCGCCUUAAUUAGUGAUAAUUAACUAUGCAAAUAUUAUCAAUAACAAUCAACAUGAAUCUGCAAUUUCAUGUUGAAUCCACUUCUCAUUCAGCAGUUACAAAACAACACGAACAUCAUUCAAUGAAACUUGAUAAAUGCUGCAACAAUUUACGUCCAACUCAUCACAUCAACAAUUAAUAAUCGUAUUAAUGAUAAUAAUAAUAAUAAUAUACAUCUAUGCAAAUAAGCAACAAAAAAACAAAUUUAGUAAAUUUAAAUCACAGCAACAAAUUUAAAUAAUCUAACUAUUUAUUUUGAAUUUAUAUUGAUCAUGAUAUGUGAAGAAAUCAAUGAAAUCCAAUCAAUCUCAUCUCUCUCUCUCUCUCUCUCUCUCUCUCUCUCUCUCUCUCUCUCUCUCUCUCUUCAUAUCAAACAAUUUUUUUACAUUUUGGCAAAGUUUAUUACAAUUAAUUAAUAACAAUUAAUAGAUAUUAUCAUCUCUACCAAUUUUUACCUUUUUCUUGCCGAGAUGAUUAAACAACAUCAAAUCAAUCAUCUUAUCAACAAUUAAAACGAAAAAAAAAACAAAAAAAUCAAAUGGGAAUUGUAAUAUUUAACUCUGACUAUCAACAAUUUAAUUAUUGAUACAGAAAACAAAUUGAUUAAAACCUUAAUUGUUGAUUGAA